AUGCGUCUAGAAGCCAGCACGCAGCCGAUUAUCUGCAACGACCUGUACUCGCUCAAGAAAGAAAUGGUACACGAGCUUAAGGGGCAGAUGUGGGCAUCCGCAGAGAGAUUUGAUGCAGCAGCAACAUCUCUCCGUGCUAAGGGGAGGAACUACGACAAAGACAUUCAGACUCAGCUCGGCAGGUUCACCAAAACCUUCGAGACUUUUCAGACGGGCUGCUUCCGGUCCUUCAUGGAGUCGCCGAGAUUCGGUAUCAAGGAAUAUGAGCAGGAGGACGGGAGCUUUUCGAUACAGUUGUAG